UUGUGUUUGGCAAUAAAUGGAGGAGAGAUGGCCCUUGACAAUUUUCUCUUUGGCCAGUGCAUCCUCUAUUUUUUGGCAUUCCUUUUUGGCUUCAUUGCCGUUGUGCCUCUCUCGGAAAACGGCGAUGACUUUCAUGGAAAAUGCCUGCUGUUCACUCAGGGAAUGUGGCAGAACGAGAAUAUGACGGUGGGAAAGCAGCGGUUCAUGGUGGAGGAAUGGGGUCCGGAGACAUCCUGCCGUUUCAUCACAUUCGUCGGCAUCGUUUCGCUCAUUCUAUCUGCGGUGCAGGCAUGGCGAACCCUGUUCUUCCUCUGCAAAGGCCAGGAUGAUUCUUUCUUUCAUGCUUUCCUCAACCUGCUGCUCAGCUCACUGGUGGUGUUUGUAGUGUUUGUGGCCAGCACCAUUUCAAGUGUGGGCUUCAGCUCCUGGUGUGAUGCUAUCACUGAGAAUGGAGCUAUGCCAAGCAGCUGUGAGGAUCUGCAGGACACUGAUCUGGAACUGGGUUUGGACAACUCCUCCUUCUACGACCAGUUUGCCAUCGCACAAUUCGGCUUGUGGUCAGCCUGGCUGACAUGGCUGGGCAUCACCGUGCUGGCCUUCCUGAAGGUCUACCACAACCACCGCCAACAGGACCUCCUCGACAGCCUGGUCCAGGAGAAAGAGCUGCUGCUGGGUCGCUCGUUUCGCCGCGGCUCCGACAUGGAGGAGAAGAACGCCCUGAUCUGAGCGCGUGCGGCCCAGCCCCAAAGAUAUUCCCCUUCUUCCAUCGAGAUUUCUUCCCACAACGCAAUCCUUCUCCCCCCUCCUCCUCCCCGUGGCCAGUGAAGGCCGUGAUCAGUAAUCAGAGGCCCAUUGAAAGAGCGCCCCAUAGCCCUCUACAGCCUCGUCUUUAAUUAACCACAACCACAUUGAUUAUAGAAUGAGUUAAAGACACUAAUGCAUUUCCAAUGGGAUCACUUGUUAUUUGUAGUAGUUUGCAUGAUUUCUAGUCUGUUGAUAGGCACUAAGAGAGGGGGCACUAAGCAGUGGUAAAAUCAACCUGGAGAAAACAUAAUGUCUUUCUUUUCCCUAAAUUCUAGUCAUAUUGUCUAAUCUGCACAUAGUGAUAGAAAGCCAAUUGGCAUACAAAGCAAAUUUUAUUAUGGUGCAGGCGUCAAGGGUGCCAGUCUUCCAUAUUUUUCUCCCAAAUAUCAUUACUCGUUAUUCAUACCAUCCCAAACUCCCAUCUUACAUCUAAUAUAUCCGCAUCUUAUAUACCACGAUUAGUUUGGCAUAUGUAGGCCUAUGAGAACCUGCCAUAUGUAUGCCAACAAGCUGUAAGGAUCUCUUUGUUCCAAUUGUCGCUCCAAUGUAAUGGGAACAUUUAGAUACUUAAUCUACAGUAUUGCAUGACUACAGUGGGUUUGUUCAUUCAGCCGCGACAUCUGUAUUCAAAAUAAGCGCAGGGUUUACAAGAAUGGUGGAAUUGGCAUGGAUGCACUGUGAGGGAACUAGGCUGGUCACAAUGAGGAACACUGUUGUCUUAUCAAUCACAAUGAAAUGCUUACGUGCGGCCACUUGUCUGUGUGUAUGUCACAAGACUGUGUUCCAGAAAGAAACUGCCAAGUGUAAUAAUGGAUCAUUAAAGACUUUUGAAGAAAGAGUUA